UACUGGAGUCAGCGCGCAUGCUCAGGCAAGCGCUCGUCUUCUUGAUACCACGCAUGCUCAGUGCCCGCUCCUUGCCCAGGACGCACUGAGGCUCUUGUUGCUGGAAAUUCACAUUCACAGCGGAUCACUCCUAGUCAGUCCCUGCUUUCAAAUUUCUUAGCAGUGCAGUCAAGGAUGUACCUUUACCCACAAAUUGUCUUUAUCGCCUUGCUCUCCAGCCUGAGCUUAACCCGGGCCUUGUAUUUCCACAUCGGGGAGACGGAGAAAAAAUGCUUUAUAGAGGAGAUUCCUGACGAAACGAUGGUUAUCGGUAAAUACCGCACUCAGCUCUGGGAUAAACAGACUGCAGCCUUUCUGCCAUCGACACCUGGCCUAGGGAUGCACGUGGAAGUCAAGGAUCCUGACACCAAGGUGGUCCUGUCCAGACAGUAUGGCGCAGAGGGGCGCUUCACCUUCACGUCGCACACCCCCGGAGAACACCAGAUCUGCCUGCACUCCAACUCCUCCAAGAUGACACUCUUUACUGGGGGGAAGCUAAGAGUUCACCUGGAUAUCCAGGUGGGUGAGCACACCAACAACUACCCAGAGAUCGCAGCCAAGGACAAGCUGACCGAGCUGCAGCUGCGUGUGAGACAGCUCCUGGACCAGGUGGAGCAGAUCCAGAAAGAGCAGAACUACCAGCGGUACCGUGAGGAGCGUUUCCGCAUGACCAGCGAGAGCACCAACCAGCGGGUACUGUGGUGGUCCAUCACCCAGACCGUCAUCCUCCUCAUCACCGGCAUCUGGCAGAUGAGACACCUCAAGAGAUUCUUCGAGGCCAAGAAACUGGUGUAACCUGCAAACGGGAUGAGAUAAAGGGCAGAGAUAUCCUGAAGUGUCAGAUUUCACAGGAAAUAUUGUCUUUCUAAAGAAUUGUAGGGUUGAGCUGAGUAACAAUUCUCUGGUAAGGUACACAGUGUUACCUUAAAAGGGGAGUUGAUUUUAGCCUCAGUAUCUUAAUUUGGGUUUGGCAUUUGGAUCAACAUUUGUUUAUUUAUUUAUUUAUUUUAUAUACAAAAGACCACUUUUACCCUGUUUUACCUUUUGAGUGCUCUGUCAAUCUGGCCCCUGGCGGAUACAGCAGCGAUCUGUUCAGAUAUGUGUAACUGGAGCAGCUGAAUUCCAUACUUUUGGAUAUCCCAGCUUCUGGUUGUUUCUAAUGCAUUCACAGUGAGUGUUCAAGAUCACUGAAGCUAUGUAGGUUAACUAAAAUGCCUGUGAAGUAACUCAUUGAGAAUGAUGCACUCACACCUGGUAUUGGUCCGGACUGGUCAGUGCAAGAAGUCUAAGCCCCUAGAAGAUUUGAAAUACCAGGUUUCAGUGGCUGCCAUUUGGAUACAGCACUGCCCUGUAUGAGUUUGUUCACAAUUUUGUAUAUCUUUGUGGAUUUAAAAAAAAAAAGUCUGUUUGCUGCCCAGGGACAGUCAUGCACUAAUGCUUUGUUCUAAACUGUGAAAAUACUGAGCAGUACAGCCUGUAUCUUUCACACAUAAUACUGUGGGUGUGUUAAGAAUUCUUCCGCUUGCUUAUCACAAUGGAAUCUGCUGCGUAGCUCAGGGGGAGUGGAUCUGAGCAUGUGGUCUCUUUCCCUGAGCUGCUCAGAGCCACUCACCUACUUAACACACCCACUGUCAGUAUAUAUAUUGGCAAAUAAAUGAAAAAUGGGACAAGAUUAAAACUGGGGGUGGGAUUGUGGUAAUACAAGAUGAAAUCGUUCGUGGGGGUGGGAUUGUGGUAAUACAAGAUGAAAACGUUCGUGGGGGUGGGAUUGUAGUCAUGUUUUUAGUUUUUUUUUUUAUAUUCCACUGUUUGUUUGUUGUGGGAAGGGUGUCAUUGAAGUUGAUCUUUACCUGUGGCCUGUAGCAGAUUUCCCAGUGCUGUUUAUGAUCUAUUGCUCUAAUAUUGAGAUCAUUUGUGCCCCAUACUGUGCUUUAGAUGCUUUCAGAUCGCUACUGCUGUGGAGUGCUACCUGUACAGUGUCUUUGAUAUUAAUUUUGUCCUCUUAGCUUUAUGUGCUCUGUACUAAUAUUAUGCUCUAUAAAAUACCCUGCUGUGAUAUACUAUAGAGCAGAUGGAGCCAACAGAGUUGACAGCUGGCUUUCUGGAAUGAGGAAAUGGAAGACAAACCCUGGGCCCUCGGCAUUUAAUAACAGAUGCAGUUACAGAAAAAAUGACAAAACAUAAUCUUGGAGAAAAAGCCAGUAAAUGGGACACAAUGAAUAAUUACAAUUAAUGUACAAUGGGAAGGAAGAAGAAAUUGAAGUAAUUUCCCAAUACUCAAACCCCAGCUCUGUUUAAGGGUAGGUAGGCUCCUACACAAGAUAGCUCUUUAAAUAAGCAGACUCUUCUAGACUAACCACAUGUGUUCAGUCCUCCAUAGAAAAUGGGUGACCCAAUGAGAAAUGAGAGUUUGUGGCACAGCUCACUACAAGAAGAUUAUACAGGAGAAAAUGUUGUGAGGUUUUUCUUUUCCUUUUUUGGUGGGUUCACAUGCAGCUCCACCUCCCCUAAUACCUCUCUUUGGAACAGUCUAGUUCAAUGUGUAUGAAAUGUUGUUGUGUUGCUAUUUGUUGUGGAUUAUCCUUUUGUUAGGGUUGAACGGGUGCUGUAAGAAACUUACCACUGCUAAAAAGAAAAAUAUGUAAUUUGUGUAAAAUACUGUUUUCAUCUGGGUGAUGGUGGAACCAGGUUUUGGAUUUCCAAGUUGAACAUGUCUUUAAAUGUGCUCUGCCUUUUAGUAAUAAUAUUAUUAAUGAAACUUAUAUAGCACCUUUAAACAUAACUGCUCCCAAGGCAUUUCAGCUGUGCACAUAAGCAGGUAUAUUAAAAUGUGAUAUAUAUUAACAAGUGAGUCUAGGUUUCCUGGAUAUUAUUUGAAAUACUACUGAGCUGCAAAAAUAUUUGGAAUAGCCCACAGCCAUGUCCAUCUUUUUUUUCUGUAAUAUUCAGAAUAAAAGCAGAAUGCAGUUCACGUGUGAAUGUGGGGAGUGCAGUGAUUGGAGCCCCUGUUGCGCUACUGCAACUGAAGGAGUUUGUGUUUGUUUUUCCUGCUCUCUUCUUGGGAGGAAUCUCAGAUCCAUCAACACCCAGUUAUCCCAAACCUUUCUAUUUAAUUUGUUUGUAUUAGUAAAUAAAGAUAAGAAUUGAUUUA